AUGAACACCCUCGACGCCCUAGCGACGGACCACGGCUGGGUCCAUGGCUCCGUGACCAAACCCUUCACAGCCAUCGUCACGCUCUACAUGAGCCAGCAAUUGGCGCUGGAACUUGCCGUGCAGGAGAUAGUCAGUGUCAUCAAUGAGGUAUAUUACGGGGGUGAUAGUGAUCUCGACGAGUAUCUAAGAGAUUUAUGGAGCGCAAUCAUACACACGUCCCGGAAGGUACCCCGGGAAAGGCCGCACACGCCCCCUGACGUCCCCACGCCGCUUCAGAUCCGUCUCGCUGCCCUUCUGCUUACACUCAAACGCCAACCGGACCCGGCGCCCAUGCCCACCGCCCAUCUUCAAUCGCCUGUCAAUGCUCGUCGGGAUCUUUCCUGGAGACAGCUGCCGCUGUUCGAGGAGACGGUUUGUGAAGCGCUGAAGGAUGAGCCCGGACGACGGGCCAAGUUUACCAAGAUCGAGACCGAAGGGUGGGUGAAUUUCAUGGCGUUUUUGGCCCUGAUUACGAAGGAGCGAAUCGCGGGGCUAGAGAACAUCGGGAUUGUAGUCCUUCGAGAGGCAUUGGAAGAGAGACACGACUCUCUUCCUUCGACGGAAGAGAAUGAUAAUAGGAAGGCGGAUGAGGGGACGCAGUUGACUGUGUUUGUGGCUGCGGCGGCUAUUUGGGCGGUUAUCAUGGGGGAAGAGCUGUGGGAGCGAACGGGGCAGAAGGAGGAGUCCCCAGUGGGUCUGUCUCUGGGGCCUGCGCCUAAGCAACUUAUCGGGGAAAUUCCUAAGAGGCGUUGGGAAAUGUGGAUUGAUCGAUUUCAAUUCUUGAGCCUCCGCGAAGAUCUUAAGAUAUGUACAAGAGAGUUGGCAGCGGAAGCCGCUGCUGUCAUGAUGCGGGUUCUAUAA